AUGGCUUGGAGCUCACCUGACAAUAGGACAUUAGAUUGGACCUGGAAUAUCUCUGUUUUUACCUCCAAACUUGCACCCGCAGCUGAUAUUGGAGUAGGUUUUGCCAUCCUAAUAGUUGUUUUGUUGUCGGUAUUUGGCAACGGCAUGGUCCUGGCCACCUCGUACCGGCGCCGGUACAAGAUGAAGGGCUCCGAGCUGCUGUGCGUCAACCUGGCGCUGGUGGACUUUCUGGGCUGCGUGUGCUUCUACCCGCUGUCCAUCCUCUCGUCCUUCAGCCACGCCUGGCAGGGCGGCUACGCCACCUGCGUCUACUACGGCCUGGGCUGCUACAUCUUCGGCCUGUGCGGCAUGUUCACCAUCGCUGCCAUCAGCGUCAUACGCUACAUCAAGACCUGCCACGGCCUCCUCUAUGGGGCUAACAUCCAGCUGCUGUGUGUCUCCACGUGGCUGCUGGCCACCGUGUGGUCCGUGCUGCCCCUGUUCGGCUGGGGCGAGUACGUGCCCGAGCCCUACGGCCUGUCCUGCACCAUCGCGUGGCGCCGCUACCACACCUCGGUCAAGGACGCCGCCUACGUGAUCUGCUCGUUCGCCUGCUUCGUGCUGGUGCCUGUGCUGCUCAUCGUGGCGUCGCAGGGCAUGAUCCUGCGCAAGGUCUACCGCAUCUCCUACUCGCUCGCCGCGCACGGCAUCCACACCAACCUCAAGAAGACCGAGAAACGCCUGUCCGUGAUGUUCUUCUGCAUCAGCAUGGGUUUCAUCGUGGCCUGGACCCCGUACACGGUGGUCUCCUUCCUCUACAUCUUCCACGAGGAGGACACGUACAUGGCCCCGGCCGGCUUCGUCUUCCCCGCGCUCUUCGCCAAGUGCUCGCACGUCUACAACCCCAUCAUCUACUUCUACUUCAACAAGGCCUUCCGCCAGGAGCUCAAGUGCCUGCUCCGGUCCCUGUGUCCGGGCCUGGUGGUGUCCAACCGGGUCGGGGUCCUCCCGGCGCCGGUCCACCAGGGGUCCGUCGUGCCGGCCAUCCAGAUCCAGCUGCAGGAGCUGCAGGAGGGGAGAGCCCGGCGAGCAGACAGCGGCGGCGGCAUUGUCGGGGGAGUGCGCGGCGUCAUAAGCCUGGUGAAGUCGCACAGCCACAGCGGGAAAAGCCGCAAGAGCUCCUCGUGCGCCGCCAGGGAGGGCCAGGGGGGCGCCAGCGUCGGCCCGCUGUGCCCCUGCGGCAUGCACAAGAUCCGGGUGGCCCCGCUGGUCCUGGGGCCAGGCUCCGUGCGCGACUUUCUGCCCAUCUCCAGCUGA